CUGCACUUUGCUAAAGGGUCCAGGCCUCGCUUUGGAACUUGGCAACACAGCGACAUCAAUGAAGCUUAGGCCUCAGGACAUGAGUACGCCUCGCGCAGUUGAUAGCUCUCGUUGGCGACUUCUUUCUCGCCGUCCGAUUGCCAGGACAGUGGCACCUCAGCAUGAUCCCUCAGCCAGGACGCCAAACAACAUCCAGCUAUCUGGCGGCCGAGAGCAUUUCAUUACCACAAAGUAGGCAUUCUCAAAGCCACCUCGCUCUCCAGCCAAAGGCGCGUCGUGUUCAUCACAUCACAUCUCAACUUCAUGUCUCCAGUCAAAGCACUUUCGAAAGUCCCAUAUCUCCCGUGGGAGGUGCGAGAGAUGCUGCUCCCCACCAACUUACCAACAGAUGAUGCUAUGCAUGUACACUGCAUCCUGGACACGAUUUUGACCAUGGGGGCAAGCUUGCCGCUGGCAGGAUCAGGCCAUGUGUGUCGCCAGACCCGCUUGCAGCCGGCUUUCCGUGGCAAGGCGAGAUGGUUAUUGCACGGUAACAUCUAUCUAUUCGGCCCCUGGAGCUUCGCGGGCGUAACACAGCUGUUCUUUUCCCAAUUUGAGAGCUGUCCCCGGUCCAGUUUGGAACCCUGACACAUCUACAAAUCUCUAUCCGCCAACGAGAGUACACUGCUUACUCGGACAAUAGCAACCGAUAGCAACGAAUGAGGCGGGGCAUCUCAGGGGAGGGAUAGUCUUUUUGUCCCAAACAAGAAGC